AUGGUACUGGAUAAAACUAUACCACAUAUAGGGGAGUUCACUAAAAUUCCCUUAAAUCUAUUCUUUGUACUUGGAUUUAUUAUAAUACGUUGGAAUCCCAUUGAAAAACCUAAAUGGUUACAAUUUCUUUUCGUAUCAACUCUUUUGUUUAAUCUUGUGUUUGGUGUAGUGUGCAUGUUUGCAUAUUUGGUAUUUAAAUCUUUGGAUACUUCAAUUGAAAAAACAGCCUACAUCAUAUACUCCACAUUUGCCGGUAAUUCUCUUAUGAAAUUGGCCUGCUGUUUCUUCAACCUAAAGAAAUUACAUCAAGGCUUGAAGAAUUUGGAAAAAUAUUAUCCCAGAACAGUUAAGGAACGAGCAGAUUAUCGACUGGAUGAACAUUUGAAAGCAAUACAGAAAUAUAAUUGUUACUUGACAAUCUAUCAUUUUGGAGUGACUAGUAUGUUUAAUUUGUUUCCCUUGAUAGAAUCUAUAGUUUUGUACUAUCGAAAUGAAGAGAGCAGUUUUCUGUAUUUGUUGCCUUUUCCGAUUUUCUACUUUCAUAAUGAAAAAUCCAGUUUGGGCUAUUUAAUUGCCUAUAUUAAUCAAUGUGCUGCAUCUUAUUCGGCUUCUUGUCUUUUUCUCGGUUCGGAUUUAUUGCUGAUAACCUGCGUCCAUUUGAUAAACAUGAAUUUCAAAUAUUUGGCCAAAACUAUUCGAGAAUUUAAGCCAACGGGUAAUUUGAGUGAUUUUAAGAAACUGAAGGGCUUUAUUAUUUACCAUAAUGAUAUUUUGAGAACUGUUGAGCUCAUUGACGAUACCUUCAACAUCUCAAUUCUACUAAAUUAUCUGGGUACUGUGACAAUUAUAUGUCUGAUUGGAUUUCAGUUGGUGGCCGGUACCAACUUUUUGGAUUUAGUUAAAUUUCUAUCGUUUCUCAUUUCGGUAUUGACUCAUGUCUAUUUCAUAUCAACAUUUGGCACAGAAAUGAUGGGAUUGAGCUCCGAUAUAGGUGAUGCCUUCAUGCAUCAUCCAUGGUAUGAUGGUCAUAUUCAAUAUCAGCGUGCCUUGACUCUGCCCAUUAGGCGCAGUCAAAAGCCUGCACAUUUAAAUGCUUUUCAAUUUUUCAUUAUAUCUAUGGAAACUUUUAAAUCGUUGGUCAGUAUUUCAUAUCAAUUUUUCACCAUGAUUAAAACUAGUUACGUUGAGGAAUAA